UGUUUGGGUCAGCUGAUCUGAGUCACCGUUUCCCGACAACAUGUAGAAUCUGCAGCUGCGGAGCAGACUGGUCUUCGUCCGGUGGACUCUCUCAAAGAUGUUUCCUCCCGGCGGAGACUCCGCCUCCUCCUUCCUCCGGCCCCCUGGAGGAAACCCGCGGCUCGACCCGGCCGACGUGCCGGCGCUGGAGAUCAAGCUAGGAGCGCUAGUGGUGCUGCUGACGGUGACGCUGCUGUGCGGCGCCGCGCCGCUCUGCCUGGUCCGGGGGACGGGGCGCUGCAGCGCCGACCCAGAAAUCCGGCGGCGGCUGCUCAGUCUGACCAGCUGCUUCGGCGGCGGCGUGUUCCUGGCCACCUGCCUGCUGGACCUGCUGCCGGAUUACCUGCAGGGAAUCACCCAGGCCUUCAGCAGCGCCGGCAUCCAGCUCGUCUUCCCUCUGCCGGAGUUCAUCGUGGGGAUGGGUUUCUUCCUGGUCCUGGUCCUGGAGCAGAUCGUCCUGGAGUUCAAGGACGGGCCGCCCUCGUACCCGGAGGAGCAGCGGGCGCUGAUGGACUCCGGCGUCCAGGGGAGCGAGCGCCCCCACCGCCGCGGGGCCUCCGCCGACUCGGACGGCCACUUCCACGUGGACCUGGGCUCCCAGUCGGCGCUGCGGGCCUUCAUCCUGGUGUUCUCGCUGUCGCUGCACUCGGUGUUCGAGGGCCUGGCGGUGGGCCUGCUGGAGGAGGCCGACAAGGUGCUGGAGAUCUGCCUGGCGCUGCUGAUCCACAAGGGCGUCAUCUCCUUCAGCCUGACCUUCCAGCUGGUGCAGGGCCGGCUGCGCCGCGCGGUGGCGGCCGGCUGCCUGCUGCUGUUCGCCGCCAUGACGCCGCUGGGCAUCGCGCUGGGCGUGGGCCUGGCGGAGACCAGGACGUCGCCGCAGCACCAGCUGGCGCGCUGCUCGCUGGAGGGCCUGGCGGCCGGAACCUUCUUCUACAUCACCUUCAUGGAGAUCCUGCCCCACGAGCUGGCCUCGCCCGGCUCCCACCGCCGCGGACGCAUCCCCAAGGUGGCCAUGAUGCUCCUGGGCUUCACCGUGGUUACCGGCGUGCUCUUCAUCAAACUGUAGCCAUGGCAACGCACCCACGGCUGCACACGUCUGGAGACGACCUCUUUGUGGUCCAACCAAGUUUUAUGUGAGGAAUGUUUAAACGAACUCCCACACCGUUGUUUCUUUAAGGACUGCUGAUGUCUUUCCCUCCUGGCAAAUCUGAACACUCCCGAGCAGCAAACUCUGCUUUUAUAGAGAUCUGCACACUUUAAUUAAUUAAUCAAUCAACUUGUUAAUCAAUGAUGGUGAUACCAACGCCGCACUUGCUUAGUGCCGCCACUAGAGAUGGGAAUGAUAAGAUUUUUUCGAUUCCGAUUCCAUUUUCGAUUCUGCUUAACGAUUCAAUUCUUUAUCGAUUCUCAUUUGGAAAAAAGGAGAAGAAACUAUUUUAUAUCUUUGAACAAAAAAAUAUAAGUGAGGUCUUAAGACGCCCCAGCCUGGGGCUCCUCCAUGGUACCCCCCCGUGUCCACUUCUCACGGGUCGUCCUGGGCUCACAGUGUCCCAGUGUAACCCCCUCCCUCCCCUCUGCCACGGAGCCCAGUAGUUUCCAGAGCGGCUCGGUCCCGCUGUGUGUGACCGGGGAGCAGAGCCGUUAGUCCGCUGCGGCUGCUGCAGGACUCUCUGCCCAGCAGCAGCUCCUGCAGCAGCAGCCCGCGGGGACACAUGAACAGCUGCAGCAGCUCCGGCUCGGAAGCUGUAUGGGGUCCGUGGGGAUGGAGGCGUCUCCAUCACGGCGAGAGCGGAGAGCGCCGGUUCUGUUGCCACAGCUACGCCGUAGCCGUGGCUCUAGAGCCUGCAGUGCACCGCAGCGCUCUGUCAGCCGCACCGGCGCUCUCCGGGAUGGAGACGCCGGUGGGCAGGAUGCACGUUUGGGUGGGCACAGCCCCCCCCUGCCCCUGGUAGUUUUGCUGUAAAUGUGCUGUCCAAAAUGUUUAAUAAUCGUAUGCGCGUUCGUGUUUGUGGGGGCGUGGCUUUGGACGGAGCGCUCGUGGGUGGGGGCGGGGGGGGCGGGGCUUAGAGGAAGCGCCACUUUCAAAUCUUGCUAGCUCUAGGAAGUUGCAUAGAAUAACUUUAAAUCAGCCUUACCACACGCCGGCUGACUCCUCUCUCCCGAGUCCUAACAGUUUCCCCCCUUUGGUAAAAUGUCCACAUUCUAAGAAUUGUCGCCGUUUUCAUCCUUUUUGGUAAAAUGUAACCAAACUUUCAAGGGUUUAUGCCGCUUUGUCCCCGUGUUUUCCUGCUGGGCGCGAAUGCGCACGUUGCGUAACGUGCUUGGUGACGUCAUUCACGCCCACUGGAAUCAAUAAGGGAAUCGUUUGUAAAAAAGGCAAACGAUUCCAAGGAAUUGAAACACUGGGAACCGGUUCUCAACAAGACCCGGUUCUGGAUUCCCAUCCCUAGUCGUCGCACUUGCGUUAAAGUACAACAAUCAGACUAUUCCAUCCCGUCCAGGACCAGGAAAAAGCGGCUGCUCAGCAGGAAUAAAAGCACACGUGUGUUUUAGUUGAUCAGCAGAAGUGAUUGUUGUGAUUAUUGAUGGUUAUUGAUGAAUGAUUUCAUGUGCUGCAUUCAUGGACCCAAAGAUCAUUUUAAUAUCAGGAAAAUCAACAUCCAAAACCCAGCUGGUUGUAAUUAUGAAAAUAAAAUGUUUUUUCUUGAGAA